AUGUCUGGAAAUCCGAAUAUGGAGAAGAUUGGGAAGCGGAAGAAUGCUCCUGCCAAGAAACAGGCAGAUUGGCUUUUCCCUUCCAGUAACCCUUCCAGUGAUAAGCCUGCCUCGACGAGCGUACCGAAAUCCCAGAAUCAGGACCGAUCGAAAAACAAGGAAGAGAAGCAACUGGCUAAAGAUUUACUCAAACAACGAGCCGGUGGCGCGUCCUCAAAGCCUGCACCCCCCUCACAACUGGUGGGGCUCAUUGGCGCUUUUCUUUCCGAAAACGAAUUUGCCAGCACGACGCGAGCAUUUCGAACCGAAAGUGGUAGUCGAGGACUUGCUGCGGAGGACGUUCAGAACAUACCGUCGCUUAACACAAUUUACAAUGAAUGGCUUCAGUUAAAGGUGCUGGAUACUCCUGCAGACUCGAAGGCAGCCGUUGGGGAGAAUGGCAAGGUCACCAAGAAGCGGAAAGACAAGCAGGCAAAGGUGGAAAAGAAUAAGGCAAAGGUCCAAGAAUCUAGUGGUGCCAGCGACGUGGAAAUGACUGAUGCACCACCAACGAAAGUUUCCGUGAAGAGGUCCCCUUCUCUCUCGUCUUCUGCCUCGUCGAGCAGCUCCGACAGCGAUGCAGAUGAUGAGAAGGAAUCUCCCACUACAAAAACUCCAUCGCCAAAGCCAAAGCCUAAAGGCCUGAAACGUAAAGCAGUUUCAUCCAGUAGCGAAUCCUCAACUUCAGGCCCAGAUUCGAGCUCCGAGGAGGAAGCUCCAAAGGUCAAAAAGGUGAAAACCAAAGCAAACUCGCCAUCUUCAAGCGAGAGUUCAACAUCGUCUUCUGAAUCAGAUUCAUCCUCCGAUGAAGCGAAAGUUGUCAAAUCAAGCUCGUCCAAAAGCGAGUCAUCUUCCUCCGACACAGGUUCAAGCUCAGAUGAAGAGGGCUCAGAUACGAAGAAAGUAGCACAGACAUCGAGCUCCUCAGAAAGCGACUCAUCUGAAAGCGAAUCUGAUUCUUCCUCUAACUCCAUUGCCCAAAAUAUACCAUUACCCGCCUCUGAUUCUGAUUCCUCUGAUUCCUCGUCUGAAUCUGACAGCGAUUCCACAUCCAGUAAGAAGGGGGCUUUGAACUCAGAAAGCAGUGCUACACUUUCUGACGGCGCUAAGAAAUCGACAACUUCAUCCUCCGGCUCGUCAUCUGAUUCUUCGUCGUCAAACGAUUCCGAUGAAGAGCCAAAAUCGAAAAAGGUCGCCAAGAGCGUAGUCACAGUCACAGAACGAAAACUCUCACCGCCACUACCCCCCGACCCAAUCAUCAAGAAGCCUUUCAGAAAGACCAACGUCCCGUUCUCCCGAAUCUCGUCGGAUAUCAAGGUUGAUGAGCGCUUAGCUAGCAAUGCAUAUGUACCCUAUGACUAUGCACAGAAGGCUCACGAGGAUCUCAUUGUGACCAAAGGAAAGGGUUUCACGAAGGAGAAGAACAAGAAGAAGAGGGGAAGCUACAGAGGUGGAUAUAUUGACGUUGAAGGCAAGAAGGGGAUCAAGUUUGAGGAUUAG